AUGGAGAGGAAAUCAACCCUCAGCUCCCCAGGUUCUUCCCUCGAGAGUGUCGACUACUCGCAACCCCAGCUCCUGCAUCGUUACCUGACCCGCGAAAAUGUCCAACAUCUGCACCAGCUGUUCGACCAGCGCAAGCAGCUUCUGCCGGACGAGCUGCGCGCCGAGCUGUUCGUCCUGACCGGCGUUCGGUUCAGCGACGAAGAGUUCGAAACGCUGUUCAUGAAGAUCAACACGGAUCGGGACAACUUUUGCCAGUGGGACGAGCUGAUCAGCUACCUGAUCCUGGGCUUCCACAACGAUGACCCGCUGGCGGUGCAGGAAUCGCUCGAUCUGCCCAUUUCGCUGGACAUGAGCGUCAAGCUGGGCCGGCAAACGUACCCGGUGAUCAAGAUCGAGUACAGCCCGAUGGUGUCGUAUGAUGGAACAGUCAACUGGUCACAGGGAUUCUGGGUCACCUCGACGCAAGAAGCCGUGAUCAACUUUUGGAAGCGAGACUGGAAGCAUGAGAAAACUGGGAAGGCCUUCAGCGUCGAUCUCAAACGUGCCAAAACCUGGAUCCUGGACACGGCCGUCCUGCCAGAUCUGAACUACUUCUGCGUGGCUUGUCUGGAGCACGAGCUGCGCAUCUACGACAUCAUCGGGUCCGGCUUCACGCUCAAGAUAAUCGUCAACCGCAUCCCGAACCCGAUCAACGCGCUGAAGUACCACUUCUCAGCAUCCACCCGCAGCAAGCUGAUCAUGGGAGACUACAAGGGUGUGCUCCGAGUGGUGGAGUUCUACCCCGAGCGGAAGGAACCGUUCAAGUUCGACGCGGCAUCCACCGUAACGCGGUUGAGCUUUCGGGAUCUAUUGAAUGGGUCGUAUCCCCAGAUGGAGUGUGUGGACUAUGGUCGUCUGCUGCCGGAUAUCGUUCGGCAGCUACAGUUUGUGGAACCGACCUACAGCUUUCUGGCAUGCUCGGAGAAUGAUCCUCUAGCGCCGAGUGGUUCCAGAAAGAAGUUGUACACGUCGGUCAUCAUCCAGCAUCUCACCAAGCUGGAUAAGAUCACGAAGAUUAAGGUUCCCAAGGGAGUUACCUGCUUCGCGUAUGAUCAUGUCAAAGACUUUUUGGUAACUGGUGGUCCGGACGGGGAACUUAGAAUGUGGGACAUUCGCCGUCCGGAGAAUCCUGUAGCAUCAUUGUCCGGGCACAACGCCGGCGUUGUGUUUAUGUUCCUCCAGGAUGGAUCCCAGAAGAUCUACAGCAUGGACACCAAGAAGAUCGUCAAAAUCUGGGAUGUUCUCAACAGAAUUUUGAUUCAAACUUACAGCCAGUUCUCAACGACUUUGUACAAGACGGUCCCAGCUUGUGCUUACUACAACGAUCUCAACCGGGAACUUGUGAUUGGAGCAAACAAGGUAUUGUCGGCACCGUGUUGUCCCAAAAUCCCGUUGGAAGUAACGGAUGGCGAGAGUCAUACCCAGCCUAUUUCGGUGCUGCUUUACAAUCCACUGUUCAAAGUAUUGAUCAGUUGUGGUCUGGACAGUUACAUCAUCGUUUGGGACCACACCAUGAACCGCAAGCUAACGAUCAUCACCGAUGCCCACACCCAGGUCGUCAACGGCUUACUGGAACAGGUUCAGAUCACCGCUGCUUGCUUCGAUCCGAAGCUUCAGCUGCUUCUAACCGGUGCUCGCGAUGGCACCCUAAAGGUCUGGAACUUCAACAGCGGAUCUUGCAUGAGCUCGAUGAGCAUCCAGGAGGGUUGUGAAGUCACGGCCGUGUUUUGGGAACCAACCAGCAUUCUGGCGAUGGGUUGGAACCACGUUGUGGUCGAGUUUCCCGUGGGAACCACCGGGAUGGACUUCCCGCGAGGUAUCGACUGGCAAAAACUCCACUCGGACGAUAUCCUGUGCGCAUCGGUGACCCACAGCGAACCGAAAGCCAUUGCAACCUGCAGCUAUACGGGGGAAAUUGUGUUCUGGUUGAUGGAAACAGGUCAACCGUACCAGAGAUUCAAUGCAGCCAAGCCACAGCAGAAGAUUCCCGUCAACGCAGUGACUACAAAGACCGGUCAACCAAAACGGAGAUCAAGAAUGUCGGUUUUCAUGCCGCAAGAGCAGUUACGCCAGCGCCGUCUCACAAGGAUCGUGAUGCCGGUGAAGGCCGAACAGCUGAGGCAGCUGACGAUCCAUGAGUUGCUGUUCCUGGAAUCACGUCCGAUGCACCCGGAAGUUGGAACGUUGCUGAGUUCGCUGGACACUGGAGUGAUCCAGGUUUACUCGCACCACGUGGACGGAGGAUUCCUGGGAUCGUUUAAUGCGGUACACAUGGCCGGCGAUCGAGUAGUGUCGAUGACCACCGAUCCGUACAACAAGUUUCUGUUCACUGGAUCUUAUCUGGGAUACGUCAAGACUUGGCUACUGGAAGGUUACUUCGUUUCAGCGGAAGAUCGGGUCAGCUUCAACCGAGCCGCUUUGAAGAUGCAAUUUCCGUUUCUGCUGGACGACAUAAUUCCAGGUCGGGCGAAGCGUUCCGUUGCUAACCAACCCUUGCCCUGGCUGCUGAACUCGUACCAAGCCCAUCGGAACUGUAUUACGGCACUUUCGUACAUACCCGCAACGAAACUGCUGUUGUCAGCAAGUAGCGACCACACGAUCCGCAUCUGGUCGCUAGCCGGACGCUACAUCGGACUGCUGGGAAGUCCCGUCAAGUGGGCCACCAUCGAUGCGGACGUUCCAAUUCCCAAGGAGUACGGCUACCGUAUCCCACCGGAUCUGCAGCGGGAGGUAAGCUUCACGACGGCCCAGGUGCUGCGGGGUGGCGAGCGUGCGAUCAAGCUGAAGAGUCGGAUUCUGCAAGAGGCUAGCGAACGGCGGCGGACGGAAGCCGUGGAGACGUACGGCCAACCGCUGGAGGAUCCGAUCAUCAAGCCCGAAGUGUUCCCGUACGGCUAUCGGGCAGGGUUCGUCCACGACGCCAAGAUGGACUACUCGUUCAGGGAGACGCCUAUUUUCGAGCACUUGAGCAUUCAAAAUCUAACCAAGUUGAAGGUGGUCGAUAGUAAGAGGGUGGUCGAAAAAGUUGAGGGACUCGACUUCUCCAACGACGGCGACCGAAUUGAUACGUAUCAUGAGAGAAAUAUAUAA